UGUACACAGGACUUUUGUAAUCAGUAGAGUCGCGAUGACUGCUUUUUCCCCGGUAUCGCCUACCACUUGGAGAGAUAAGGCAGUGGGUGAUAAGACUGGAGCAGGAAAACGUGGUAGGUGGGAGGACAGCAGACGCUACAAUUCCUGCUCUCAGACACCAGCAGUAACACCUCCGCUGGAAUUUAAGUAAGCACACCACCACCAUGUGUGACGAAAAGAAGGCCGCCCUGGUGAUGGACAAUGGCUCCCAUUUGAGCAAAACAGGCUUCGCCGGGGACGACACCCCCCGCGCCAUCUUCCCCUCUAUUGUGGGCAAUUGCCGCUUGCAGGGAGACUCCUACGUGGGUGAAGAGGCAUGGAGCAAGCGGGGCACCCUCAUCCUGAAACAUCCCAUUGAGCACGGUAUUGUCACCAACUGGGACGACAUGGAGAAGAUCUGGCGCCACACUUUCUACAAGGAGCUCUGUGUGGUCCCAGAGGAGCACCCAGUCCUGCUGACGGAGGCUCCUGGCAGUCCCAAGCCCAACCGCGAAAAGAUGACACAGAUCAUGUUCGAAACGUUUAAUGUUCCCGCCAUGCAGACCUGUAUCCCAGCCGUGCUGUCCCUGUAUGCAGCAGGCCUCACCACUGGCAUAGCACUCGAUUCAGGUGACGGCGUUACACACACUGUUCCCAUUUAUGACGGUUUUCCUGUUCGUAGUGCCAUCCAGCGCCUAGACAUGGCUGGUCUUUAUCUCACUGACUACCUGCUAACCAUUCUCACUGAGCGAGGUUACCCUUUUGCCACCACUUCUGACCGGGAUAUUGUGCGUGACAUCAAGGAGAAGCUGUGUUACGUCACCCUCAACUUCGAAGAGGAAAUGGCCAAAUCAGACCAGUCGGCCUCCCUGGAGAAGACUUACGAGCUUCCUGACGGCCAGGCCAUCACCAUCGGGAACGAGAGGUUCCGCUGUCCCGAGGCUCUCUUCCAGCCUUCCUUCUUGGAUAUGGAAAAAGUUGGUAUCCAAGAAACCUUGUACAACUCCAUCAUGAAGUGUGACAUGGACAUCCGUAAGAACCUGUACGCCAAAAUCGUGCUGUCUGGAGGCAACACCACCUGUCCUGGCUUUGCUGAAAGGAUGGAGAAGGAAAUCACUACACUAGCGCCCUCCUCUAUGCAGAUUAAGAUCAUUGCACCGCCAGAACGUGGAUAUUCAGUCUGGAUCGGCGGCUCCAUCUUGGCCUCCCUCUCCACCUUCCAGCAGAUGUGGAUCACCAAACAGGAAUACGACGAGUGUGGAUCCUCAAUUGUCCACAAGAAGUGCGCAUAGAAUAAUACGCACUUCAUAUACGAGUAUUGUGGAAAUGCUGGACAUCUGUAUCCUUCUUUGUGUUAAUGUUUGGUUGUUUAUUGUAGUGGUUACAAUUAAAAGACUGAAUAGGAAUGUGGCCCAAAGGGCCACAUUCCUAUUCAGCAAGGAAGGAUUGGAUUCCUAUUCCUAGCAAGGAAGGAUUGGUGUCACUCUUAAGUUGAAUCUAUUGUGAUUUAGUUCUAAUCAUAGCUGGGCGCGAUAACGAAAAAAAUUGUCACGAUAACCGAUAAAUCGAUAACGAUUUAUUUUAACGGUUAUCGGCAACAGCCGAUCAUCGAUAACUAACGAUACAUUUAUCGGCCGAUUGCUGAUAACUGAUAAAUCGAUGAAUCCAAAAUGCCUAUAUUAUAUUGGCAUAUAAAAAUGAGCUCCUCCGUUGUUAUUCUUGUUACACAUGUAUGGUCUUCUGGAGCUUAUGAAACUAUGGGACGCGAACAAAGUCUGCUAUCGAAAUUUUUGUUUGGAGUUGAUUUUGAUUUUUGACAAAUAUUUGAAAGUCAUUUUUCUUUCUUUUUUUUUUUUUUUUUACUUUUCAUCGAAAAAAAAAAAAAAUCAUACAAGAAAAAACGAUAUCAGACUACUGACUACUAUCAGAUACUGAGUUGGAAAUCUUGACAAAUAUAAGCCCCUCCCAGUAGGGACGACUUCUUUACCAAAAUACGAGAGACCUUAUUGUGUUGUGGGGCGGGGUGUGACUCCAUAGGUGAAGUUCAUUUGUUCUCACUUUGCUUUACUUGCCCUCACUAUCUGGCCUGUAACUUCCUCAGGAAUUGAAACGGUCAAAUUUAUUCCCUUUAAGAUUCUCUCUCUCUCUCUCUCUCUCUCUCUCUCUCUCUCUCUCUCUCUCUCUCUCUCUCUCUCUCUCUCUCUCUCUCUCUCUCUCUCUCUCUCUCUCUCUCUCUCAUAAACUAUUUAUCCAGAAAGGAUAUAUUGAAUGAGCUUAGUGACACAGAAUUCAUCAGAAGAUAAUGUUUAGACUGAUCUAGUGAAGGAAUCCUGACAGAGGGACAGAGAAGAGCAACCACCCACUUACCACCAAAAUGAAAGUGAUCAUAAGACAUCUUGCUGCUGGGAAAACUACUGGAAAAAAUGCAGUCGUGCAGUAAUGAUGGCCUAACGGUUCAUUGUGAGAGCCACAGGUAGCUCGGGAUUGCCCCUGAGUGUCAAAAACUGUUUCUUUAUAUCGACGCUUUUCAACGGGGCCACAUUUAGCUUAUCUUAAAGAUCGAACUACUGUCUUACACUCUGUUUCUCUCCUCCAAAUAUAUAAAAAUAAAGUAAAUAUUUAUAGAAACAAUAAAUUAGUAAUAAACGGCAGCUUUUG